GUAGAAACAGGGCAAACACACGAAGAGAUCAGAACUUCGAGCAGGCAGCUCACUGCUCCGAGCUCCGCUGAAGGGUGGGGGAGGAAAAGGAGGAAAAAGACACUUUCCUGGGAUUUAUACACAGAGCUAAGAGGAAGGGCGGGUGUACACAGCUCAGGAGGGAUUAACCUUUUCUUACCUGGUAACCAGAAAAGGCAAUAUUGGUUGUUGCCAUCUACCCCACACAUCUACACCGAGUUCUCUACUGGUCUAGGUGAAUGCCCUGGACCAUGAAGCCCUCUCUCUGCUGGGCCCUCCUUCUCCUCUUCAUCUUAUUCUUGGGAGCCCAUAGCCAAAACAGUCCCCCCAGAAGGCGGCCUAAACCCAGGCCCAAACCCAGGCCUACACCCCGAUUCCCUCCUGCUGGUUUCAAAGAGCCCUCUGAACCAACAGACCUUCCUCCUCCCCUUCCCCCGGGACCCCCGUCCGUCUUUCCUGAUUGCCCUAGAGAAUGCUUCUGUCCCCCAGAUUUCCCUUCAGCCCUGUACUGUGACAGUCGCAACCUCCGAAAGGUGCCCGUCAUCCCGCCCCGAAUUCACUAUCUCUACCUUCAGAACAAUUUCAUCACAGACCUCCCCAUAGAGUCCUUCAGGAACGCCACCGGCCUGAGAUGGGUCAACCUAGACAACAACCGCAUCCGCAAGAUAGACCAGAAGGUGUUGGAGAAGCUGGAGAGUUUGGUCUUCCUCUACAUGGAGAGGAACCAGCUCCAAGAGGUCCCUUCAGCCCUGCCCCGAAAGCUGGAGCAGCUGAGGCUCAGCCAGAACCAAAUCAGCAAAAUCCCCUCCGGGGCUUUUAACAAGCUGGAGAACCUGGUGCUCUUAGACCUGCACCACAACAAGCUCAGCGAUGGUGUCUUCAAGGCGGAUACCUUCCAAGGCCUCAAGAGCCUCAUGCAGCUCAACCUGGCUCACAACAUCCUGAGGAAGAUGCCGCCCAAGGUCCCCACAGCCAUCCACCAGCUCUUCCUGGACAGCAACAACAUUGAGAACAUCCCCAACGGCUACUUCAAGGGCUUUCCCAACCUCUCUUUUAUCCGGCUCAACUACAACCAGCUGUCUGACAAGGGGCUCCCCAAGAACUCCUUCAAUAUUUCCAACCUGUUGGUCCUCCACCUGUCUCACAACAAGCUUAGCCAUGUACCGGCCAUCAACAACCGGCUGGAACACCUGUAUCUCAACAACAAUGAGAUUCAGAAAAUCAAUGGAACCCAGAUCUGCCCCAACAACCUGGUUGCAUUCCAUGACUUCUCCUCUGACUUGGAAAAUGUGCCACACCUCCGCUACCUUCGAUUAGAUGGGAACCAGCUGAAGCCUCCUAUCCCACUGGACCUGAUGAUGUGCUUCCGGCUCCUGCAGUCUGUGAUCAUCUAACUCCCACCUUGAUGCCAAAUGGACUUCUCUGAAGAGACUUGAAUACAUCUCAGUCAGGGGCAGCUAUGCUGCCACUUCCUGACUUGUUCCAUUGCCUUUUCUACCUUCUCUGAGCUUAUCCUUUUCCACUCAUGUAGGGUACCCUUUGGAACAAAGGAGGACAGCUCCACAUCCCUUGUAUCUCACUUCCCUUGUGUGGGAAUAUGAAGUCAAAGAACUUACUGUUGUUCUAUGAGGUUCAAAGAACUGUCCCACACACAUAAACCCCAACCCCAAAUUUCUUGCUAGAUGUAGCCUCCUUUUUUCUAGGAGCUUCUUCCCCAACCUGGAAAUAUCAAAUUAUAUAUGCUUUACUAACCUCCUUCUGCCUCUCCUCUGGUCUCACUCCCUUCCUGACCUCAUCAUCCCAAUAAUGAACUGACUCAUGAAAAUGGCAUCCAAAUUAUUAACCUUGACCUAGGAGAGAAGAUGUGUCUUCCCAAGCAAGUGUAGAUAACAUCUUUUAUAAAUGUCCAUCAAUCAGCUCUGGCCCAGAAGAGAGAAGAAAUUGUUAUCAUAUCAUCUCUUCUAUUGCUUCCUUCUUUCAGGAUUAUGUAGGGUUUCUGCAGCCCCACCUAUUUCCUUUUCCCCUCCCAAUUGGCAUCAAGCCCAAAAUGAGAAGGCAUUUGCCACAUUGCCAGAGCCUCUUUUUUAAUGGAAAAAAAACAUGAAAAAAAUGGCUAAGAACUUCUCCUAGAAAGAAGAAAUAGCAAGAGCCAGGCUCAGGCAAUUUUAUAUCUUUCUGGUUAAUUUUUGCAAAGAGCACACAGUGUCUGUCACGAUGUCAGUUGAGGAUCUGUUUGCACUUUCUGAGAACUGUAGACUAGAAGCUCCUUCCUCCUCCCAUAUGCAUAUACUUUCACACUUUAAAGGGUGUUGAGAAAGCAUAAAAGCAGAGAAAGAGCAGUAGAGGAAAAGGGAGGUGGGAGGAGAGAAUUAAAAAGUAUUUAGAUGGAAUGGGGUGGUGGGGUUGGGUAAAGCAGAGUACAGGAAUAGAAGUGGGAUUUAUAUAAGAGCAGAGUUCCAAAUCCCUUUUGACCACCCAUGGAGGGAUGUCUAAUGCCUUUAAAGCAUUUUUCAGUUCUCACAAUAUUGGGCUUGGUCAUUCACCUCUGCCAGUUUUAUCAUCUGGUAUCUGUCUAUGUGGUUCUGUAUUAGCCAAAUUAGCAACUGGAGACUGCUACCACCAACCCAAUAUUUCUACUGCUCAGAAUAUAGCAGAGAAACUAGGGAGAAGGGGAGGGACAACUGGAUACCUCCCAGAAGCCUCUUCCAUCAAGUGGAAAUGCACCUCCCUGUCUAAGCUGAGACACAUUACUGACACCUAGUGGCCAGUGGAGAUCAGCUCUGUGAGUUUCAUUCUUCCUUGACUUGGUGCACUUGGUCUCUUUCUUGUUCUUUGUCAUGGUCAGUAUAAACUCUGGUCAUGUGUUGGUUUUUUUGAAAGGUCCUAGCCAGGGACAAUUUCUGACUUCAAAGUGACAGAGGGGCAUAUGUAUCAUAGCCUCCCAUCGUGCCCACCUCUUGGAAAGACAUGGGAAUCUUUGAGCAUUUGCUUUUCCUGUUUAUGAUUGUCAUAAAAGACAUCAUAGAGAAAUGGUGCCUAAAAUUAGCCAGGUUAUGACAACAACUUCCAGGUCAGGGGUACCUGAGCAGCAUGGAUUCUCUUUUUCCAGCAUUGAUCCUAUAACUCAAACUGUGAAUCUGAGACCUCCAGUUUGGGAUCUACUUUUUCCAUCUGUUUCAGGAUCUAUUUUGAGAACUUAUUAUAAAAAUCCAAUUGGGAUCAGGAGGAAACUAAUUAAAAAUCUCCUCCUCCUCCUCUAAUGACUGAUUUUUUAAUGGGAUAGGUCCUAAGCUUCCAUCCCCCUUCUUAGUAAUUUAUUCCCUCUUCCCUUGCCUAAUAGCCAUCUUCUACUCUGAGGGCCUCCCCCCUUUCUUUCCCUCCCAUUCCUUUCUUCUUGCCUGGCAUUCAGGUAAAGUCCUUGGCUGGUCUUCAAGGUAUACCUGGGAUGUUGACAAGAGUACCUCAGUCUUCCUUCCUUUGGAGAAGGUCCUUCUCUCCUGGUUGUUACUAUCUCUCCUAAGUUUCCUGUUAGAUGAUCAUGCUCUACUUUUUUUUUAUUACAAAGCUAUUACCCAUUUUGUCACAUUGCUUCAAAUAAGCAUAGUUCAUUCUGCAUGUGGAUCUCUUAUUUUCCCUAUUCUUCCACUCCCACCAUCUCCUGAGCUCCUUCUUUCAAAUGAUGUCCCAUGCACACUUGGAAAAUUCUCUUCUACUCUUUUAUAGGUAGAAUAUUUUUAAUCUUCCAGGACCAAACACUACCAGUUAUUAAUUCCUCCCAUAUCUAUGUCAUUGCUCACCCAGAGUCAUUUUUUAUCCCUCCUUUCUCCUCCAUUUGAUAAAGGGAAGAUUACAUUUUAAAUCUCCUCAGUGACUUCCUAUCCACUGAAAGAUCCCAUCUGUAAAGCUUGUGGCAGAAUUAUCAUUUCAAAUUGCUUAGGCAAAAUAUUUUAUCUCUUCAAGAUUUGUUUUAAUAAAACCCAUGAGUUGAAGAAAAUCAGAAAGGUCCUCCAGUCCAACCACUAUGUCAAGAUCCCCAUAACCUCUGCUGUAGGAGCACCUCAAGAAGAUGUUGUCAAGAAACUAUCUGUCUCUGACCUUAUAAAAGAGCCAUUAUCCCUCAACUUUGUCUUUUAAAGAGCUUGAAGAACAAACUGAUGCACGAUUUCAUGAAGGAAUGGAUCACAGACAUAAAGGGGAAACAAUUUAGGAAACACCAGACCUAUCUUCCAUCUUCAAGUUAUACUAUUCUUCCACAGAGAUCUCACUUGAUGCUCUUCGACUCUUUCUUUUCAAAAUAAAUUUUCUAGUCAUAGUAGUAAGACUAUUCAUUUAGGAAUACAAGUCCUGCAGGCAGCCUCAAAGUUGAAAAGAGCCUAAUUAGAGCUACUCACUUAAUUGGCAUGCAUUUCAACCACUCCACCUUCUUGAUUAUGGUGGUUUAUUUUACUGAAAGAUAAAUACCUUCUUUAAGAACCCAGGUCCGUCUAUCCUUUGCUUAAAUACAUCUGGUGACAGAGAACUAAGUACCCACUUUUUAGAUAGCCCUAAUUGCUUGGAAAUUCACCUUCUAUUGAACUGUUCUGCUCUUCAUAAUAUCAGUGGAAUCCUAAUCUUGCUCUCUAGGACCAAAAAGAAUAAGUCCAAUCCCUCUUCCCCAUGACAAUCCUUAUAAUAUUUGAAAAUGGUUAUUCCCCCCUCCCAAAUCAUCUUCAGUCCAAACAUCACUAAUUUCUUCAAGCUUUCUUCAUACAAUAUCAUUUUUAAUCUUUCUCCCAUCCUGGGUACACCUCUCUGCACACACUAUAGUUUGCUAGUGUACCUCUUUAAAUUUAUCACCCAGAACUGAACCUAUUGUUUCAAAUGUGAUCUGACAAAAAAAGAUUAGAGCAGGAGUUUCACUAUCCCUCUUCUGGGCCCCAUCUCCUCUUGAGGCAAUCUAAUGCCCUAUUUGCUUUUUGGUUUCUGAAUCAUUUCAUUGACUCUCAAUGAGUUUGCCAUUCACUAAAUCUCCAAAUCUUCAUGCAAGCUGCUCUUCACAUGCCUGCCACAUUUUGUAUGAAAAUGUAAGACUUUACAUUUUUCUCAAUUAAAUUUCAAGUUAGAGUUGAUCUGUUAUCACAGUGUCUUGAGGUCUCUUUGUCUCUGAUUUUUUAAUGCAAUGCAUUUGCUUUCCCUCUCAGCUUCAUAAGAACCUCAGCAAAUUUGGUAAGCAUGCCAUCUAUGCCUUUCUUCUUAUAAAACUAUUGAACCCAACAGCACCAAGGGCAGAUCCUUCUAGCAAGCUACUUAAAAGAUUUCUUCCUGUGUUGACAUCAAUUCAUUAAUCAACACUCAUUAGGUCUGGUCUUUCAGUCAGUUAUGAAUUCACCUAAAUGCUCUUUAGUGAGCCCAGAUAUUUCUCAAUAUUGUCCACACGAAUAUCAUCAGACCCUGAAAUCCAGAUAUGUUGUAACUAGUAUAUUUUCCUGAUCUCUCAGUCUAUUUAGUAACACUUUCCAAAAAGAGAAUGAUGUGAUUUGUCCUUAGUGAAUCCAAACUUGGUUCAACUGACAGAACAAUCCAUUUAAUAACCUGUUCUAGAAUUCUGUCACUGCACUCAUUGGCCUAUAGUUUUCAAAGUCCACUUUUUGGAAAACUGAGACAUUUGAGCAUCUCCCAUUAUAGCACUUCUCCUAUCCUCCUUGAUUCAAAGACUAUUAUUGACAGUCACACACACACACACACACACACACACACACACACACACACGAAAUAUAGAGAUCCUCUGGGAUAUAACUAUGCAAAGCAAAUCUAUUUUCUUAUUUGUAAAAUUAUGAGAUUGCAAUACAUUGCCAAUAUCUACCCAUUCUAGAAUCUUCUUUGACUUUGGGUUUUAAAUAUUCCUUUGGCUAGAUCUGUAAUAUAGGAUGAUGGGGUUUGAAAAUUCUACAACAUAUAUAAUGUUAGAACUGCAAGGAACCUUAGAGGUCAUCUUGUCUAUCUCCAUUUUUUUUUACAGAUGAGGAAACUAAGAGAUGAAAUGUCCUACCAACAUAGCUAGUGAUAGAACUAGGACUGGAAACCAGUUAUCCUGACUCCCAGUCUAGUGCUCAUUAUUAUACCACACUUCCAUUUUUCCAUCCCCUCCUGCCACUGUUAGGCAUUUCUUGGUAGCUUUGGUAUAGGCAACCCACAUUUUCUCAUGAUGGGAGGAUAAACUUCUAUAAUAGUAAAUCUUCUGAGCUACAUCCAUGCCCGUUCCUAGUGUCUACACAGGGCACCCCCAAUUCCUUUCACUUCUUUUGUCCUUUCUGGCUUGGUACUUUAGGAAUUUACCCAAAGUGGGACCAAGGAACCAUACUUCAUAAUUCAUCCAGCUAUUGUGCUUUCCUGACAUAUCUUCAACCUUGCUGACAGUAGGUACUUAAUAAAUGCUAUGGAUUGAAUUUAGAGUGAAUUGAGUGUAUCCUAGCAUCUGGUUUUCUUGCUUCUUAUCACAGAAUCAGGAGGCAAACCUGAUGUCCAACUACAUUACUGGGAGAGGAUGUAGAAAACAAUAUGGGAAUGGGAACUAUAGGCUUUCAGCAUACAGUCCUCUCUGUGUAACUUGUGAAAAAUGUUUCCCAGUGAUAAAAAUGCCUUAUUCUCUUUCACCAUCAUUCCAUGGUGUAUCCUGGGUGACAUUCAUCCUAACCCCCAACACUGUUGUCCAAUAGGGCCCUACCCUGAACACUAGUAUGGGAAUGGAAAGAGCCUGGUAGAGGAGAGAAUAGGCUAUGAAGGAGAGGGGUGUCACUGUUCUGUGAAGCCCUAAAUGUGAUGAAGAACAUAGGCCACAGAGGAUGGGGACACAUCAAUACUGAGUUGUCUAUAUAGAACAUGUCUAUGACAGAGAGAAAACAAGUGAAAGUUAAUGUUGUGAAUAAUCUCUCUUUAAUCAAUAUAUUUAUCAUAAAGACCAGCCACUGUAUUCAUGUCACUGAACUGAACCCUAAUAGGAUAAUUAAAGAGAAUUCACAGAAUUUGGUCCCUGCCUUGGAGAAAUUUCCAAAGUAUCUCCUUUCUCUCUCUUCUUUUUAUCUCCAUCCCCUGUCCCAUAUGUCAAAUCCAGGUGCCAUUUCACAGAAGAUUUCUUAUCCUGGCUUCCCUUUGUAGAUUCAAAUCUAUUCUUCUGCCUCCAAUGAGUUCAUCCUAGACUCCUGCUUAAAGUCAAUUUAAUACUGAGCUUAUCAGCAGCCCGAUGCUAUGGUUAGGUCAAGAUCCUUCCUUUUUAUAUUCCUUGAAACCUCUUGCCCUCAAGUAAAGCACAAUUCCCAUGGUCCCUGGGGGGGGGAGGGAAGGAGGGAUCUCUGCAUGCCUCAUGCAAAUCAGAGCUGAUUGAUUUGGGCAUAAACAUAAGCCUCAUGGCACUGUGUUUCUCCUUCUCCUCCUCCUUCUCCUCCUCCUUCUCCUCCUCCUCCUCCUCCUUUUCCUCUUCCUUCUCCUUCUCUUCCUCCUGAAUCUAUGCCCUGUCUCCCAAUAGCAGUAGUAAGUUGGACAGCUUCAGAGAUAAGCAGGCUCUAGAGGCAAUCACAUCUAUUGCUUUCCCUCAGAUACCCUUAACUUCCACAUCCUCAUUGACAAAAGCCUCUGUGAAGUAAAUAUACAAAUAUAACACAUGCAUGUACUUAUCCAUUGUACAUGUAUCUACUCUUGAUGGUCUUGCUAACUAUGUGAAGUUAUUUUCCCUUCUCAGCCUCCAUAUGAGUGAAAAUAAAUCUGUAUGAAAGGAA